UUCUAUCUCUGUCAAAGGAGAGAACACAGCUUCCCUUUUAAGAAUACUUUCCUAUACGUUGCAAAGGAAGGUGCUGCAAGACAGGUUGAGGAAGAAAGAAUGUACUUCGCGCCGAUUCGCUGAACCGAUCGACGGCCAACCAAGUCGUGAAAUUCGACGUGGGAUGUCACAGAGCAAGGUGAACGAGUAGACUUAGCAAAUAGUCAGACGGAGUAUCGCUGUGCUCAUCUUACAAUCAUUGCUCGCAGUUCCUCUCGAAAAAUAUUCUUCUUCUACCAUUAGUUUAACAUUCUCGCAAAACUUUUUUCAAGAAAUUACCAAAGAAAGUACAUGUGGAAUUCAAAGAAUUUUCUAACUAUUCGUUCACCGUUACUAUCACCCUUUAAAUCUUCUUUACGUUAUGUUUUUAUAUAUUUAUGAAAAGUAAAAGAUUUCUACAGUUAUUGUACGUUCGUAAAGAAAAAAGUGCAAUUUGCCAAUUGUGAGAGAAGACAAAUUUUAUCGAAUUACAAAGAGAAGAAAUUUUUACCAGAAACAAGAUGCCAGCCUUGAAACUUUUCGGCCGGAAAUGGUUGGCAGCCACGGAUGAUCUCGUAUACCCUGGAUUGUUUGAAAUUUUAAUACGCCUUACUUGGUUGAUCCUGAUAGCAAUAGGAUGCGUAAAAUAUUACGCAAAUACCUGGAAGUGUCGAUUAGGAGGCGAUGUAGUCCGCGUAUAUUUAUUAGGAGAAGUAACUAUUCUUAGUAUAGUCAUGAUUCUUACACUUUUUAUCAUAAGAUAUAGCAGUAGAGGAUCCAUAACGGAUACACACGCUCGCCGGUACGUUGAGCCGCUUCUCACAGUGAAAAUAUUCAUGAUUCUACCGGAAAUAAAUUGGAACAUUUUGGGAACGCUUUGGAUCUCCAGUAAAAACAUAGAUUGCGAAAUGGAACAGUAUACAAUGACCACCGUAAAGGCAAUGGUAUUUUUCAAUUGGAUCCUUAUCGGCCUUACCGUCCUUGGUUUUAUUCUUGUUUUCGAUCCUCUCGGCUCGUUGGAUAUAUGCGAAAAAGAUCUAGACGAUUCGAGCAAACAUGGAAAGAUAUCGCGAAUCUGGCGCCGAAGAUUCAAGUUCCUUUGGUGGAUGAGGAAGGAUGAAAGAGCCAAUGAGACCUUCCAACAUGUCGCUGGUCUUCUCACCGCACUAUUUCGAGGAACGGAUUUAGUACCUUCUGAUGUUAUGGCAGGCUUAAUUCUACUGCGAGUUCGGCAAAAACGUGAAACGCACGAAUUGAGGAGUUUAAAUUUACUUUCUCGGCCGAAAUAUACCGUUGAUGCGCGUGAUAUUUUUAUUGACACUCCUAGUUGGAUGACCUUGGAAAAUGCAUAUCAUUUCCUUAAAUUAUCGAUUGCGUCUUACGGCCAAUUUUUCGUUUGUUAUCAACAUAUAUGCACCGGAUGUUUUCGUUUAAUACCGAACUUAACUUGCUGUGGCUGUUUCCGAAAAAAACGGAAAGUCAUACUGGACGACAAUUGUUGCUUCUGUAACUUAUCGGGAGUAAAAUACAUAUCAAAAUUAUCAGAUGACGAUAUUUUAUUCGCAAGUUUCAAGAAUCAUUUAUGUGAGAUACCUUUUUACGUGGUAGCCGAUCAUAAAACAUCUAGUAUCGCUAUAAUUAUACGAGGUUCCCUAUCGUUGAGAGAUCUAAUCACUGAUAUUGCUGCAGCAUCCGAGACAUUUGAAUGUCCCGGACUACCUCCAGGAAGCAUGGCACAUAAGGGUAUGAUAUUAGGAGCUAAAGCACUUUUAAAACAAUUAUACCAUUAUAAAAUCUUAGAAAUGGCUUUUAACACAUAUCCCACUUAUACUCUUACAUUAACAGGUCACAGCUUAGGCGCUGGAGUGGCCGUUUUACUGGGUAUACUAUUACGUCCUGAAUAUCCGAAUUUGAGAGUUUAUGCAUUUUCUACACCAGCUGGAGUUAUUAGCAGAAGUGCUGCUAAAGUUACAGAAGAAUUUGUAUUAACAAUAGGUCUUGGAGAUGAUCUUGUAAUGAGAUUGAGUGUUGAAAGUACAGAAGAUUUGAGAACAUCUUUGCUUGCCACUCUUGCAGCAUGUCGAUUACCUAAGUAUAGAGUAGUUCUCAAUGGAUUUGGAUAUGCAUUACAUGGUGUACCUGAGCAAGACCUCAACAAAACAUGGGCAAAUUCUGAUAUUAUUAAUUCAAUACCAGGACAAUCUCCUUUGUUAACAUAUACUGAAAUUACUAAUAAUGAAAAUAGAGUAUUAACAUCAGAUAUUUCACAAAGAAGAUUUUCAAAAAUGAGGCUUUACAAUGCUGGUCUUAUAUUACAUCUGGCAAGAUGUAAGCAUAUAGAAACAGAUACAAGAAGUAAGAAAAAGAAAAAUGAAAAAAAAUAUGAAAUGCGAUGGGCACAGCCAGAAGAAUUUACAAAAUUGAUAGUAAUGCCACGAAUGCUUUUAGAUCAUCUUCCAGAAAAUUUGGAAAAAGCACUUGCAACACUGAUAGAACAACAAAAAGAUCUACCAAUUUACUUUGAUCCAUAAUGUAGUUCAAAAAACAUAAAAUUUAGUUAAUAUUUUACUUAAAUUAAAAAUAAUAAGAGACUCCUUGUAGUUAUACAUAUUGUCAUACUAUUUUGUAAAUUUAAAAAAUACAUAAUAAAAUUUAUUAUUAUAUUAUUCCUAUA